CAAGGGGGUCACGGUGGCAGCGUGGGGUUCGCUGUGUGACACAAUUACAACAACUUUGUGCAGCUGCUGGGGAAGUUUGUACAGGCAACAAAUACACCCUGCGCGGGCGGGCGGGGGGACCCUGUCACCCCGACUCCACUCACCCCGCGCUGCCGGGGCCAGCAGCGCAGCAGCGAUGUAAACACGGCUCCGCCGCCAUCGCCGCCUGCAGCCGCCUCCUCUUCUUCCUCCUCCCCCCGAGCCUCCAGCGCUGGGGCGCUCUUCCCCCUCCUUCCUCCUCCGAGCUGCGGGGCUUCCCCCCGCCUCCCUCCCUCCCUGCCGGCUGUUGUUGUUGUAAUAAAAGUUGCGGUGUGUGUGUGUCGGGCGCCCCGCCCCGCCCGGCACUGGGGGGCGUUGGGGGCGCGCCAGGGGGGCGGUUGUGAUUGUGAGUUAAUUACGCUGCGUUUCCAUGAAAUCGUGCGGAGUGUCGCUCGCCGCCGCUGCCGCCGCCUCUGCUGCUCCUUUCGGUGAUGAGGAAAAGAAAAUGGCGGCGGGGAAAGCGGACGGCCAGAGCGAGGAGGACUUCGCCAGCCUGACAGCCGAGGACAGAGCGGCCCUCUCCGGCCUCGACAGCCGAGUCUUCGGGUUUCUGAGGCUUCAUGAAGAUGGCGCCAGAACGAAGGCCCUGCUGUUAAAGGCUGUUCGCUGCUAUGAAUCUCUGAUAUUGAAAGCUGAAGGAAAGGUGGAGUCUGAUUUCUUUUGUCAGUUAGGUCACUUCAACCUCUUACUGGAAGAUUAUCCAAAAGCAUUAUCUGCCUACCAGAGGUACUACAGUUUACAAUCUGACUACUGGAAGAAUGCUGCCUUUUUAUAUGGCCUUGGUUUGGUCUACUUCCAGUACAAUGCAUUUCAGUGGGCGAUUAAAGCAUUUCAGGAGGUGCUUUAUGUUGAUCCCAGCUUUUGUCGAGCCAAGGAAAUUCAUUUGCGACUUGGGCUUAUGUUCAAAGUGAAUACAGACUAUGAGUCUAGUUUAAAGCAUUUUCAGUUAGCUUUGGUUGACAGCAAUCCCUGCACUUUGUCCAAUGCGGAAACCCUCAGUACAAGCGAAAGAAGGUAUUCAAGGACACAAUAGAGAGGGCUUUCAAAAGCAUAUGUUUGACCUUCAAGCAAAUUCUACGAGAAAUACAGCAUUUCCUGAGGUGGAAGAAGUUCAACAAUCACUAAAUUAAUAUGCAGGCCAGCCUGCCAGCAUACUUUCUCAAAAAAAAC